UGCCACCUGUCAGUGCUCAUCAGUGCCACGUGCCAGUGCCCAUCAGUGCCACAUCAAUGCCAUAUAUCAGUGCCCAUCAGUGCCACCUAUCAAUGCCAAUCAGUGCCACCUAUCAGUGCCAGUCAGUGCCACCUAACAGUGCCAGUCAGUGCUGCUUAUCAGUGCCAUAUAUCAGUGUCAUGUAUCAGUGUUGCCUUUCAGUGCCCAUCAGUGAUGCCUGUCAAUGCCCAUCAGUGCAACCUACCAGUGCCUCCUCAUCAGUGCCCAUCAGUGCCACCUAUCAGUGUCCAUCAGUGCAGCCUAUCAGUGCCCAUCACUACAGCCUCAUUAGCGCACAUCAGUGAAGGAGAAAAAUCACUUAUUUACAAAAUUGUAUAA